GACUGGACGGCUUAGUUAACGACUUCAAACACCGUCUAUCUACAACAUGCACAAGGGAGAAAAGGCCUCGAGUACAACAAACAAUGAAACUGGAAAGUUUUCCCCACUAAGUUGAGACAGACCUCUGAGACAAUCCGGGACUGGCCAGACAAGAUGGUCUUGCCUAAAAUCGCCUGUAUCGGUAUCAUUGGGAAAGCUGAUAACCCACUCCACGUAUCAUUGUUCCCCCCUUACUUGGAGUCCACCAUCGAGUUCUCUUUCAUAUUGAACUCCUGCCUUGAUAUUUUCGAAAUACGGCGCAAACAGACAUCAAUUGAUCAAGAUCUCGGUCUUUUGCAGGCCGUGGACGAAAGACUGGCAGCAUAUGGCUGGCUUACAACAACUGGAGUGAAGUUUUUAAUAAUAGUUGACUUAGUGGGACAGCCAAUAAACUUUGGAGACCCGAUAACUUCCACGAGGACGGGCUUGAGAGAAGCAGAUCUAAAAGCGGUCUUUCGAGCUCUCCAAACUGCCUAUGUACAGUUGCUGCAAAAUCCGUUCUAUUCCCCGGACGAGCAUGUGGCUGCGGGUAAACCAGUUUCGGCGUGCAAUUCGCAGAUUGCGGACCAGAAAUUUAUUAAUGAAGUCAAGAGAAUUGGAGACACAUGGGCCCCGAGUGCAGCACCAUUUUAAAGAACUCCCGGACCCAUGAAAUGUGGGAAACAAUCUGACGGUCUGACAUUGAUGGGCAUUUCUUAUUCAUGUAUCAUAUAAUAUUCUGACCCCUAGCCUCGUUCAAAGACCUGCUUAAAAUGAGUGUAUCCCAUGUCGAAACAAAGUGCUGUCUGAUUCAGCGGUAUCUCGCUAGGCGCGAUCAUAUCUCACAGAGGAAUGUUGGUGCCCAUCAAGACAUCAGUCAACGGUGAGCUCCCUUUACUCUUAUGUGCAGCUAAGAUCUGAG